ACGUCAGAACAGUCACCGUGUAACACGGACACUGAUCAGAGGAGAACAGAUGAGGGUGACCCACUGAAGACCGUGAUGAUGAUGAUGCUGUCGCGUCUCUUCAGGCUUCACGGCCUGUUCGUCGCCUCUCAUCCCUGGGAGGUGAUCGUGGGAACGGUUGCCGUGACAAUGUGCCUAAUGUCUAUGAACGCUUUCGCUGGUAAUGACCAGAUCUGUGGCUGGAACCAUCAGUGUCCCAAAGUACAGGAGAAAAUUAUAAGUGGCGACAUGGCCAUUUUAACCAUUACGAGAUGCAUAGCCAUAAUUUACAUCUACAUCCAGUUCAAAAACCUUCGUCAGCUCGGCUCCAAAUAUAUACUGGGGAUCGCUGGUCUGUUCACCAUCUUCUCCAGUUUUGUGUUCAGCACUGUGGUCGUUCACUUCCUGGGCAAGGAGCUGACAGGACUGAAUGAGGCUCUGCCGUUCUUCCUGCUGCUGAUUGAUCUGUCUAAAGCCUGCACGCUGGCCAAAUUCGCUCUCAGCUCAAACUCACAGGAGGAGGUCAGAGAGAAUAUUGCUCAAGGAAUGGCAAUACUGGGACCCACGUUCACCCUGGAUGCAGUGGUGGAGUGUCUGGUCAUUGGUGUCGGCACCAUGUCAGGUGUGCGUCAGCUGGAGAUCAUGUGCUGUUUCGGCUGCAUGUCGGUUCUGGCCAAUUACUUUGUGUUCAUGACGUUUUUCCCGGCCUGUGUGUCGCUGGUGUUGGAGCUGUCUCGCGAGAGCCGUGAGGGACGUCCCAUCUGGCAGCUCAGUCACUUUGCUCGGGUUCUGGAGGAAGAAGAGGGAAACAAACCAAACCCCGUCACUCAGAGAGUCAAAAUGAUCAUGUCUUUAGUUCUGGCUUUGGUUCAUGCUCACAGUCGACUCAAGACUGAAUCUCCAGCACACAACAUCAGCAGUUCAGACGUGGUUCUGCCCACAUCCAACAUGGAGUCCGACAGAUCCAUGUCCAGUGUGGAUUUGGAGCAGGUCAUCACGCUCUCCCUCGCCCUCUUAUUGGCGGCCAAGUAUGUGUUUUUCGAGCAGGCUGAAACAGAGUCCUCCCUGUCAAUCAAAACAACAGUGGCCACGCCCAACUGCUCCCUGAUCAAUAGAAGAGGAGGAGAAGAGCGCUGUCAGAGGGAUUCAGCCCCGCCCAAAGCCAUAAAAGGAGUUAAUGAGAAUAAAAGUGAAAGGGAAGCACCUGAUCGGUCAUUCAGUAUUGGAAAUCCUGAAGAUGAAGAAAGAGACAAGAUCCAGUGCCGUCCUGUGCAGGAGUGCCUCGCGAUUCUUAAAGACCCCAAAAGAGGUGCUGGAUUCCUGAGCAAUGCUGAGGUGAUGGCGUUAGUGGAGUCCAGAGGCAUUCUGGGAUACCGUCUGGAAGCAGUGAUGGAGAGUCCAGAGCGAGGUGUGGCCAUACGCAGGGAAAUGCUCUCUGGCAAACUCCCGGACUCUUCAGCUCUUGAGAAUCUGCCUUACAAACACUACGAUUACUCAAAGGUGGUUGGGAGCAACUGUGAGAAUGUGAUUGGCUAUGUGCCUGUGCCAGUGGGUGUGGCCGGACCGCUUCUAUUGGACGGGAAAGAAUUCCAUGUUCCUAUGGCAACAACUGAAGGCUGUUUAGUGGCCAGCACUAACCGAGGAUGCAGAGCCGUCACAUUAUCGGGCGGUGUGAGCAGUCGCGUUCUUGCGGAUGGAAUGACUCGCGGGCCGGUGGUUCAGAUGCCAUCUGCGUGUCGCGCUGCAGAGGUUAAGGGCUGGUUGGAGAGUUCAGAGGGGUUUACAGAGAUCAAACAGGCCUUCGAUCACACCAGCAGGUUUGCACGUCUGGACCGGCUGCAGGUCAGUUUGGCUGGGAGGAAUCUGUACAUCCGCUUUCAGUCUCAGACCGGAGACGCCAUGGGCAUGAACAUGCUGUCAAAGGGAACAGAGCAGGCUCUCGGCAGACUUCAGGAGCGUUAUCCUGACAUGCGCCUGUUAGCCGUCAGUGGAAACUACUGCACUGAUAAAAAACCAGCUGCUGUCAACUGGAUCCACGGCAGAGGCAAAUCCACAGUGUGUGAAGCCGUCAUACCGGCACGAGUGGUCAAAGAGGUGUUGAAGAGCAGCACAGCCGCUCUGGUGGAGCUGAACAUCAGUAAGAAUCUGGUGGGCUCAGCGAUGGCUGGAAGUAUCGGGGGAUUCAACGCUCAUGCUGCAAACAUCGUGACUGCUAUUUACAUCGCCUGCGGACAGGAUCCUGCGCAGACGGUGGGUAGCAGUAACUGUAUCACACUGAUGGAGUGUGUGGGGACGAGUGGAGAGGAUCUGUAUGUGUCCUGCACUAUGCCUUCAUUAGAGCUGGGCACUAUCGGGGGAGGAACCGGCCUGCCUGCUCAACACGCAUGUUUACAGAUGUUGGGUGUUGACGGUGCCAGUGUUCAGUGUCCUGGUGAGAACUCUCGGACUCUGGCGCGGAUCGUCUGCGCUUCAGUUCUAGCAGGAGAACUUUCACUGAUGGCUGCCCUCGCCGCCGGACACCUUGUCCAGAGUCACAUGACCCACAACAGGUCAAAGGUCAAUCUCAGAGAGCCCGAAGGGCAGCCGAAGGAAGCGUCAUGAUGCAUCAGGGAAUUCUGGGAAAUGGUGUUUCUCCUGUUUGUUCUCAGGGCCUCUGCACACACUGCCUUCAGAAGGAGCUCUACAGUCAAUCUCAGCAGGAAUUGUGGGAAAUACUAAUGCUUUACCUUUGACUUGUGCCUGAUUUUCACAAGGCAGCGACGACACGAGUGAAUUAAUCUUCGCUCGUCUGACUGAAUCUGAGAGUUUAGUUUUGCACUAAAAGCCAAAAUCUGCUACAAGCCGAUAAAGACUAAACCCGGCCAUGUUUUUUAAGCGCUCGAGGAAUAUGAGAUGGUGUUUCAGCACACAGGCAGAUGUUUUCAGACUUCUCUGAUGAGCGUUUGAUGGGUGAUUUCUGCGGUUUGCUGCUGUUGAGAGCGUCACACUAAUUAUGAAUGUAUAUUUAAGUGUCUCGUGUUCAAUUAAUCACGCCAAAACUCACUGUGACAAACUCCACUGACGGACUUUACCAAACGAGGUGCUCUGUACAUGAAUAAUGCUGAUUUCUCAGUGUGAAUGUUGAUGUUUUGCGAGUCCGAGUGUGUUGUUUUUGUGAAUUCAUGACUGUAAAGUGCUUCAGCUUUUCUCGACAAAAGCAAGUCCUCUCACUUUCAGGCUAUAGAGAGUGCUGAUAUGGCCAUAUCUGUGUCUUCUAAUGUUGCUUUCUCGUGUUUUCUCCGCUAAACUAUUGAUCAGAUCUGCAUAUUUUUUAAGUGUCUCAGUAUUUUUGUUAAACGAUGAUGAUCGUAAUGCUUCAAACUGGAGAAAAAUAAACAUUAACAGUGUUAUUC